AGAGGACCUGUUUUGUUUGAUUGAUCGAGAUUCCAAACCCUAGCCGGAGAUUCCCGCAUUUUGUCGUGUAAUAGCUGCGUGCAUUGGAACACUGCUUCCAUGGCGCUUCGUGUAUCCGAGUUUUCAUGCAGAUGGCCAAGUACAAGGGGGAAUACUUCUACCUUCAGUGGUCUAAGAAAGCAGCCUCAUUUCCUUAGGUCUAAUCCGAUCCAAUGUAAUAUGGUUUUGGCCGGCAACAAAUUCGCUUCAGGUCAUCUCAAGCUGCAAAACUUAAAACCACGCACUUGUCUAAGAUCAUGGAAACCUUGCCGAGUGAAAAGUGAUGACAACCCCCAAACCACAGACAUCGAGAGCGUUUCAUUGGAUGAGAACACAUUGAAGCAGGAGCUUGAGAUGGCAAUACAGGAAGAGAACUAUGCCAAGGCAGCUAAGCUAAGGGAUACACUAAAAACACUUCAGGAAGACAGCAAAGCCUCAGUUCUAUCAGUGAAUGCUCGGUUCUAUGAAUCAUUCAGAAACGGGGAUUUGGCCACUAUGCAGUCGUUGUGGGUGAAAUCUGGAAACGCAUGCUGCGUCCACCCGGGUGCUAAGGGUAUAAUGGGAUACGAUUACGUGAUGGAAAGCUGGGAAGUUGUGUGGAUGAACUAUGACUUUCCGUUAGACAUAGAGUUGAAAGAGGUACAGGUUCAUGUCUGGGGUGACGUAGGAUAUAUUACGUGCAUGGAAUUCGUCAAGACAAAAGGGAGUAACAGUUGGGGAGCUCAGUUCGUGACUAAUAUGUUCGAGAGGAUCGAUGGGAAAUGGUUUAUAUGCGUUCACCAUGCCUCCCCUGUCGAUAUAUGAUCAAGAAAACCAGAAGAAAAAAAAAGAGGAGAGAAGCUUAUGUGACAUCCUGAUACAGUAUGGUGUUUCUUUCUUACCGAUUGCCAUAGAACUGUACCCUAGAGCGAGCAUCCCGAGCAUGUUUUCCCCGUCGGGGUCCAGUGGACAAAGGAUGUGGCCCGCCAGCAUACUUGUGUGGCUAAGAGUAGUGGUUCAAUGGCAGGAGAGGACCAGGGCAGGACAGAGCACCAGUACCCUUAGCCGGGCAAGCAGGCGGACGGUAUCCUUGUACGUUCAGGUAGAUCUUGUAAGGAGAGCGAAGGGGUUUUAUUCGGUAUCUAUCUAUCUAUCUAUGUAUUCAAUAAGCAAAAGCCAUUUUUAUAUAGUCUCCACAUAUUGUCCUGACUC